AUGUCAUCAUCCAGGGGGAGGCCCGGAAAGCAGCUCGAACAAGGCCUUUGCGACCAGCAAAGUCCGUUUAUGCCGGUCUGCGCAGAGCUGUGCUGGUCUGUGCCGGAUUGGGUGUGUCUGUGCCGGGCUCGGCUUGGAUGGCCAGAAAAAGUGCAAACCGUCACAGGCUUUUUUCCUGCUGCAGCCAAAAGUCGAGACGUAAAGGCUCGACUUGCGCAGAGCACAGAAGUGCCUCGGGUCGGACCGACCGACUGA